UGGUGCGCGCGCGCGACCCGACACCAUGCUGGUGUUUGCGCUCCUACUCCUUACGAGUAUCAUGGUUGAGGCGCGAACUUUCAACAUAACCGACCUCAUAGUACCCAAAGUCGUGUCCCCUGGAGAGGAUGAAGUCGAAAUCGAGUGCCGAUAUGAUGCCAACUUCACUUUACUCAACUGGUUUAAGGAACCGAACGAAUUCUUCCGCUAUAGACCUGGUCGCGCUCCGAGCACUAGGUCUUUUCCGAUCCUUGGUAUAGGAAGAAUCGAAAUCAUCGCCUGCGGACCAACAGCUUGUCGUCUAAAACUUGGAUCUCUUACAGAGGAGGCAACUGGUUUGUACAGAUGCGAUAUUGAACGAGAUUUAGUUCCAUACAACUUCGCAACGCGUAAAGCCUACAUGGAAGUUCACGGUCAUGAGCACAGGAAACCUUUACUAGAAGGUUUAGGCGAGGAGUUCGGAGAAGGAGACGACAUGCGAGCGUUGUGCCGCGCUGAACCAAAUACAGAGAUCCGUUGGUACAUAAAUGGACACGAAGUUCAAGAAAUGAGAGGUUCCUCUAAAUUUAUGAGAAAAAGUUCGCGCUUAAUAUUCCUCGGUAUACCACCGAUGGUGACCGUGCAGUGCGCUGAGUACAAGUUCGGUAAAUUAUACGGAUCUAAUCAAGAAAAAGCCCGCUGGAAGGGUACUAAUGGGAAGGACGAAAGGCCGCAGGAGCAGAGGAAUGAUUCAAAUAGUAUUACAACGUAUUAUUUGUUUGUUUAUUUUCUUUGUGUUUAUUGUUUGUUAAAGUUGUGAAAUAGUUAUGUUGAUUUUUUGAAACCAAAGCUGUAAAUAUGUUCCUUAAAUAUUUUGCAUUUUUAAAUAUUUUUAUUAAUAUGUAUUUUUAUAAGUAAAAGAUAUUCAAAUAAAAAAAUAUUUAUUAGAAUGUUUUUUUUAUAAAUACAAGAUUAUUUAUGUGAGCUCAUAUUUACUUUGAUUUUCAGCGUUCAUUAUGUUAAGUUAAAAUUAUGUUUUAUGUAUAAUUACUAGUAAAAAAAUGAUUAUAUUUAA